AAGAAGAGCACCACCAUGCCUCGCUCGAGAAGGCACAGGGGAAAAGACAGGCGCAGGUCUAAAACCAAUGAAGGAGAGCCAAGCGCUAAGUAUUGUCUCAAAAAACCGGUGUUUCCAGCUGAUGCGUAUUCUAAGUUUUCAAGCUUGGCUGCUUCUGCUGAACCGAUGAUAGUUUUUAACGAAAGUACUCCUAAAGAGUGGUUGAGAAAUGUCGUAUUUCCAGAUAAUUGGGAUUCUAUGAUUGGAAUGUUGGAAAAGGAAAAAGAGAAGAAGGGAAAGGACAAGGAGGAAGAUGUGGAUGGCCGCAAGCGUAAAUUGGAUGAAUGUAGUGAUAGAAUUGUUCCAGUUGUUGCUAAGAAAACUGAAGUUGAAGAACCAGAAGUUGAAGAUGAUGUUGAGAAGAAGAAGAAUAAAGAGGACUCUGAUGCUGAAACUGAAAAGAAGACCGAGGAAGAGAAGGGAAUUGUGGAUGAAGUUAUGGUUGAAGCUGGUUCUCUUGAUACAGACAAGUGCAAAGAGAGUGAGGAGGCUGUUGCUCUUGCUAACGAUGCAGGGGAUGAUAGAAGUGAAAAGAACAAAGAGAGCGAGGAGGGUGUUGUUGUUGCUAAUUGUGCUAAUGAUGUAAGGGGUGAUGAAAGUGAAAAGAACAAAACGAGCAAGGAAGCUAUUGCUGUUGCUAAUAGUGCUAAUGAUGCAGUAGCUGGUGGAAGUGAAAUGAAGAAAACAAAGAAAAAGAGGAAAAGCAAAGAGAGUGAAGAGGCAAUUGCUGUUGAUAAUAGUGCUAAUGAUGCAAGAGUUGAUGGAAGUGGAAAGAACCAAGAGAGCGAGGAGGCGGUUGCUGUUGUUCUUAGUGCAAAUGAUGCAAGGGGUGAUGGAAGUGAAAGAACAAAGACAGCAACGACGUGGUUGCUGUUGUUAAUAGUGCAAAUGAUGCAGGGUGUGGUUAAAGUGACAAGAAGAAAAAGAAGAGGAAGAAGGGUGGCGAUGAGAGUGAGGAAGCUAUUGCUGUUGUUAAUGGUGCAAACGAUGCUGGGGCAGAUGAAAGUGAUAUGAAGAAAAAGAAGAAGAGAAAAAGAAAAGAUGCAGUAGAGGAGUAGAGGAGCAGGUUUCAGAACUUUCCAUACAAUUACUUGAUCUAUUUUCCCCCGUGUAUUUUUGGCCUCUAUUGGAACGUUUUAGUAGCUUUUGGAACAAGUAGUUUGAAUGAUUUACUUUUUGCGUAAUUGAAUGCUUCCAAUACCAUUAUCAACAAUAUUUUUCUUCCCUUCUUCUUUA